CCCGCCGCCCCGCAGCCUGUCGGGCCCCGUCCGCUCGCCGGCCGGGGCGGGGCCGGACGUGACGUCGCGCUCCUUCCGGCGCCGUCGCGGGCCGCGCUGAGGGCUUCGCGGGCUUGGGCGCGCGCGCAGCGCCUGCGUUUUGUUUUUCUAAAGAGCUUCCUCUUAGCUUUGGGAAGCUAUACUGUGAUGUUGUAGAGCUGAAACUAUGAGUGAGUUUCGGAUCCACCACGAUGUCAAUGAGCUGCUUAGCUUGCUGCGUGUCCAUGGAGGGGAUGGGGCUGAGGUCUACAUUGACCUGCUACAGAAGAACAGGACCCCGUACGUCACGACCACUGUGUCUGCACACAGUGCCAAGGUUAAAAUAGCAGAAUUUUCUCGUACUCCAGAAGACUUUCUGAAGAAAUAUGAUGAGCUGAAAUCUAAAAACACAAGAAAUCUUGAUCCACUGGUGUACCUGCUGUCAAAGCUCACAGAAGACAGAGAGACUCUGCAAUAUUUACAACAGAAUGCAAAGGAGAGGGCUGAGCUUGCAGCCAGUGCUGUGGCCGGCAGUGCCACCAGCCUCAGCACCCCUGCUGCGGCCUCCAAGAUCUCCAUGCAGGAACUUGAGGAGCUGAGGAAGCAGCUCGGCAGCGUGGCUACGGGCUCCACAUUGCAGCAGUCUCUGGAACUUACGAGAAAGAUGCUUCGAGAUAAGCAGAACAAAAAAAACUCAGGCCAGCGCCUGCCUGUCUUCCCAUCGUGGGUGUACGAGAGGCCUGCACUGGUUGGAGAUUUCCUGACCGGCUCAGGGUUAAGCACAGACACAGCUGUGCCCAUAGGCUCGCUGCCCCUGGCCUCCCAGGAGUCGGCUGUGGUGGAGGACCUCCUCUACGUGCUGGUGGGUGUGGACGGCAGAUACAUCACUGCCCAGGCCCUGACUGGGCGGCAGAGCCGGACCUUCCUCGUGGACCCCAACCUGGACCUGUCUAUCCGGGAGCUGGUGAACAGGAUCCUCCCGGUGGCUGCCAGCUACUCCACUGUGGCCAGGUUCAUCGAGGAGAAGUCUUCCUUCGAGUACGGGCAGGUGAACCACGCCUUGGCGGCGGCCAUGCGAGCUCUGGUGAAGGAGUACCUGAUCCUGGUCACACAGCUGGAGCAGCUGCAGAGGCAAGGCCUCCUGUCCCUGCAGAAGCUCUGGUUCUACAUCCAGCCGGCCAUGCGCACCGUGGACAUCCUGGCUGCCCUCGCCACCUCAGUGGACAAAGGCGAGUGUGUAGGAGGGUCGACCCUGAGCCUCCUCCACGACCGGAGCUUCAGCUACACGGGCGACAGCCAGGCGCAGGAGCUGUGCCUGUACCUCACCAAGGCCGCCAGCGUGCCCUACUUCGAGAUCCUGGAGAAGUGGAUCUACAGGGGCAUCAUCGACGACCCUUACAGCGAGUUCAUGGUGGAGGAGCACGAGCUGCAGAAGGAGAAAAUCCAGGAGGACUACAACGACAAGUACUGGGACCGGAGGUACACUGUGGUGCAGCGGCACAUCCCGUCCUUCCUGCAGAAGAUGGCCGGCAAGGUGCUGAGCACCGGAAAAUACCUGAAUGUGGUCAGAGAGUGCGGUCACGACGUCACCUGCCCAGUGGCCAAGGAGGUCAUCUACACUUUGAAGGAGCGAGCGUACGUCGAGCAAAUCGAGAAGGCUUUCAGCUAUGCCAGCAAGGUCCUGCUGGACUUCCUGCUGGAGGAGAGGGAGCUCGUGGCACACCUGAGGUCCAUCAAACGCUACUUCCUGAUGGACCAGGGGGACUUCUUCGUGCACUUCAUGGACCUCACUGAGGAGGAGCUGAAGAAGCCGGUGGACAGCAUCGCGCCCCCACGCCUGGAGGCGCUACUGGAACUGGCCCUGCGCAUGAGCACCGCCAACACAGACCCCUUCAAGGACGACCUCACGAUUGACCUGAUGCCUCACGACCUCAUCACUCAGCUUCUCCGGGUUCUGGCCAUCGAGACCAAGCAGGAGAAGGCGAUGGUCCAGGCUGAGCCCACUGAGCUCACGCUGAGUGGUCUGGAGGCCUUUUCUUUUGACUAUGUAGUCAAGUGGCCCUUGUCGCUGAUCAUUAACCGGAAAGCCCUGACGCGCUACCAGAUGCUCUUCAGGCACAUGUUCUACUGCAAACACGUGGAGCGCCAGCUGUGCAGUGUAUGGAUCAGCAACAAAGCGGCCAAGCAGCGCCCCCUGCGUUCAGCCAAGUGGCUUGCUGGUGCCUUCACUCUGCAGCAACGCAUGCUGAACUUCGUCCAGAACAUCCAGUACUACACAGCCUUCGAGGUGAUGGAGCCCACCUGGCACACCCUCGAGAAAAGCCUAAAGUCCGCCCGGAACAUUGAUGAUGUGCUGGCACACCACACGGGUUUCCUGGACAGCUGCCUGAAGGACUGCAUGCUCACCAACCCCGAACUGCUGCGCGCCUUCUCCAAGCUCAUGUCCGUGUGCGUCAUGUUCACCAACUGCAUGCAGAGAUUCACUCAGAGCAUGAAACUAGACAGUGAGCCGGGCCGCCUGACGCUAGAGCAUGGCACGAUGCUGGGGCCGCCCACGGAGGCCGAGCGGGCUGAGGAACGUGCCCGGAAGGAGCUCGCCAGGAAGCACCUGGCCGAGCAUGUGGAUGCCCCCCAGCUAGCCUCCAGCUUCGAGGCCGCCAUCAGCAAGUUUGAUCAGAACUUCUCAGCUCAUCUGCUUGACCUGCUGGCCCGGCUGAGCAUCUACAGCACCAGCGACUGCGAGCACGGCAUGGCCAGCGUCAUCUCCAGGCUUGACUUCAACGGCUUCUACACCGAGCGCCUGGAGCGCCUGUCUGCAGAGAGGAGCCAGAGGGCGGCGGCCCAUGUGCCUGUGCCCCGGGGUUCCCUGGCGCCCAGGGUGGCCGUCACCGCGCAGUGAGCCCGUGAGUGCUCCGCAGGAAGGCCUCAGAAGCUUUGGCUGCACCUUGCUGUGUGUAUCGUCUAAAUAAAAGCCUGAGGGUGGUCUGUUCA